AUGGUCGAUGAAUUCGCCACCAGCGCCUUUCUUAGUCACAAAUUAAAAAAUGGACGUCAUGUACUUGUGGUCCCCAUCUCUGAGAGCGCCAUUGCCAGUGCCACCAGUGACAGUCUAGUGACUCUGGCUGAGCGGGCUGGAUGGACUGUGGAGCGAAUGCAGCUUCCAUUUUCCGCACUUGGCGAGCUGGACGAGGUCGCAGCUGUUGGAACUGCAGCAGCGGCCGUACCCAUCAGAGCUUUAGACAGGCUUUCAACGGGAGACAAGUUGGUCUUCCCGGGAUCUGGAGAGAUGUCCAAUAUCUCUCACCUGGCCAGCCUCAUGGACGCCAUCCAGCGUGGUAGACAGCAGGACGUAGACGGUUCUGUACUGGAUAUGCCGGGAGUCGGAGCUCUGAUAGCUUCAGCACUAUUGGUACGACAAAUGACGGCGACCAUAUCGGUUGAGUGGCAAUUGCUCAACCACGACUAUACAAACAACCUCGUGCAAAAAUCCUGGGAUUCUGGGUUGAGCAUUGUUAUAGAUGAGAAGGAAUGA